AUGCAUACUCCAUUGUUUUUACAAAACAUACGAGAGCAUUUAAUGUUUCUGCCUCAAGAUUUCAACAAAAUACACAAGAAAAGGAACGGCCGUUUGCAGAAAACUAAAGUAACCUGGUAUCCUAUACCGAUCGGAUUAGGAAUAGCUUUCAUUGCAUUUCAACACCUGCUUCGCGUAUAUACUCGUGAAAAAAGAAAAGAGCAAGAUACAUCAAAUGAAAUUGAAAGUCGACCUGUAGUUAUAGGUCCUUGGCAGGUGUAUUUAAUUGAUUCGCUUCCUCUUCGUGCAUUCUCUAGACUAUGGGGUCGAAUUAAUAACGAAAAUGAUUUACCUGUUUUUCUGAGAGAACCUUGUUAUAAGUUUUAUAGUUGGUUAUUUAAAUGUAAUUUGGAAGAAAUAGAAAAUACCGAUUUAAAAAGUUAUCCAAAUUUAGGUUCUUUUUUCUAUAGGUCAUUAAAGGCGGAUGUGAGACCAAUAGAAGAUGCAGCACUUGUGGGGUCUGGAUAUAACUUUACGGAUGGCAAAGUUAUAAGUUUUGGAUUAGUUAAAGAAGGAAAAGUUGAGCAAGUAAAGGGUGUAACUUAUUCACUGGAUGCACUUAUAGGAAGAAAAGAUGAAAAACGUGUAAUGGGUUCAGAAAACCAACAUGCUGAAAUAGCUUCAUCGAAUCACAUUGCUGACGAAAAAGAAUUUGCAAACCUCAAUGGGAUCACGUAUUCCCUGGAUACCUUACUUGGUGAUAAUACAGAUAUUGCUCAUAAACAGGAGAGCAGUGUUGGUGAAGAUGCUUCAGUUCAAUCGGAAGAGAAUGAUUCAAAAAAGGAAUUAAUGGUGGCAAAAAAAGUGAUAAGUUAUUCAUUUGGCCACCCUUCUGGACAUAAAUUGAGAGAGGGGAAUACACUUCAUUAUUGUGUAAUAUAUCUUGCUCCCGGGGAUUACCAUAGGUUUCAUUCACCAACCAGUUGGGUUGUUGAAAUCAGACGACAUUUUGCAGGUGAAUUAUUUUCUGUAUCACCAUACAUGGUAAAUAUGCUGCCAGAUUUAUUUGUUUUAAAUGAACGUGUGGCAUUACUUGGAAGAUGGAGAUGUGGAUUUUUUUCAAUGAUUCCUAUUGGAGCAACAAAUGUUGGUUCUAUCCGAAUAAACUUUGAUAAGGCUCUCCGUACUAAUCGAAGAGAAGAUUUACCGGCUGGAAAAUAUACGGAGGUUUCUUAUAAAAAGGCCAGCAAAUUGCUUGGCGGACAACCAUUGAGAGCUGGUGACGAAAUGGGAGGAUUUUGUAUGGGUUCGACUAUAGCUUUGGUAUUUGAAGCGCCAUUCGAUUUCAAAUUUUGCGUGGAAACAGGACAAAAGAUCAAAUAUGGACAAAAGUUAGGAGAAGUUUAA